UUAUAAGGAGGAAAGUAGUUCUUGGGUUGUAAUAUUCGUCCACUAUCUGAUACAUUAUUUCAAAAGGUAUCAGGUUUGUGUGCAAAUGCACGGCUAAUAUACUGCGUGACAUUCGAUUAAAUAUUUACGGCGUUUGUGCAUUGAAGGCGGAUACCGAUGACACUUAAAGCGUUUAAGGUGUGAACUACAUGACAUGGCGGAGUAAUAACUAAUGCGCUCUAAGCUUUUUCCUUUUAGAGAAAUUGCUCGGAGUUUUGGAAAUAGAGGAGGUUGAGCCAAGCUGGACCGGGCUGAAGAGUCCUAGGGGCAGCAUCACUUUUGGAAGUUUACGCUGGUGGUUUCAAACAGACGCCAAUUUCGCAAUGUCCUCAUUUUCGCUGCUUCUUUACCUUUUGGGUGGUUGGGUUGCAUGAGCUGUGCCGUAAUUUUACUAACACACGCGCUCCAGCAGUCGGCUGACGAUUUCAGAGACCGGGUCCUCUAAAUAGAAUGUUACCAAGCCAGGCUGGAUCAUCACCAUCUGGAAACGGAUCAGCGUCUGUCAGUGGUAACACAGGUCACGGUUCUGUGGUUAUUGGAAGUGGAAUUCGCCCCGUGUUGGUCAGAGCAGUGCAGACGACAACUGGGGUCAGCGACAGCACCGGUGCGGUUGGGAUGUUGGGGGGCAACGGUCCAGAAGUGGGUCCAAGAGGUGGGGCAAGACCAGUGAGCGGGACGGGACUGACGACUCUACAGACCGCCGGCCAGGGAGGCAUCGGAAGUAUGAAUACGGGAGUUGGGGUUCACGGAGGGAGCCGGUACGACCCGGACAAAAAGUGUGCACCCAUGGGGUGCAGUGGGUCAGACGCUGAUUCGGACUCGGGGGAUGAUGACGACAUGAUGGGAUCAAUCAGAGACAACAGAAGAGGUGUAAAGCGGGAGAGACUGGAGAUGGAGGCUGCGGUGACAGGGCAGGGGACUGGGGUACCACCGGGUGCUUAUGGUUUAGUCCCCGGAGGUGUUGCUGGGGCAAAACCGGGGAAGAAGACACGUGGACGUGUAAAGAUAAAAAUGGAAUUUAUCGACAACAAGUUGAGACGAUACACAACUUUUAGCAAGAGGAAGACCGGCAUAAUGAAGAAGGCUUAUGAGCUCUCCACGUUGACAGGAACCCAGGUCCUGCUACUGGUGGCCAGCGAGACGGGCCACGUCUACACGUUCGCCACGCGGAAACUCCAGCCCAUGAUCACCAGCGAGACAGGCAAGGCCCUCAUCCAGACGUGCCUCAACUCUCCGGACUCCCCGCCCCGCAACGACCCCUCCACUGACCAGCGUAUGAGCGCCACAGGCUUCGAGGAGACUGACCUUACCUACCAGGUGUCUGAGUCGGAGAGCCUUGGGGAGACCAAGGACCAGCUAAAGCCUGCGUUCACGGUGGCCAGCCUCCCAGGCACCACCAGUACCCACACGCCCACGGCCCCCACCACCUCUACCAGCAUGCAGGUAAGCAGCGGGCCCUCCUUCCCAAUUACCAACUACCUGGCGCCCGUCUCGGCCAGCAGCAACGUCAAUGCCAACGGCACCAUUCUCAAGACCACCGGUGCCUCCGGAGGGCAGGUCAUGCAGCUGCCCAGCGGCUUCACCUUCAUGUCAGCAGGCACUUCGCUCCCCCCCGGCACCCCCACCAUUCCUCUUAGCCAGCUGCACCAGCACUCCUUGGCCAUCCAGGGGCAGACGCUCACCUCAUCGCAACUGACACAGCAGGGACAGCAGGCCGUCUUCCGCUUCCCCACUGCAGUCUCCCUAGGGGGAGGGAUGACCCAGCAGCUGCAGGCCAUCCAGGUGCACCCCACCACACAUGCCAACGACAGCAGCUCGGAGAUAUCCCAGACCUCCUCUGUCUCCACUGCGACCAUCGUCACAUCGUCAGUGCCCACAUCUAUGGCGGGUCACAUGAUGUACACCAGCCCCCAUACAGUGAUGUAUGCGUCCACGCCCACGCUGGCAGAUGGUGGCCUGGCUGUGCUCAAUACCUUUUCCCAGGGCCCCUCGGCCAUGCAGGUGUCCCAUGGACAAUGCCAGGACACAGGUGCUGUCCCUCAGGUAUUCCUUACGGCACCCUCGGGCACCAUGCAGAUCCCAGUCUCGGCAGUGCAGCUACACCCAGUACGGCAAGACCUACAUUUUACAAAUGGUGAUUAGUCAGAAGUCGAGCUACAGCAGCAGUAAACUGACAGAGCUGCAGAUGGUCAACCUGGACACCACACAGAGCGCUAAGAACGACUGACAGAGAAACGCAUGAAAACUGGCCAAAUAGACCAAGACUCUCUAUUUAUUGAUGCCUUAGCACUUCAUUUUACACCUCUGUUGCUUUACAGUAGAAUACUGUAAGUAAACAGUCCAUUCGGAAAGUAUUCAGACCCCUUGACUUGUUCCACAUUUUGUUACAUUACAGCCUUAUUCUAUAAUUGAUUCAAUUGUUGUUGUUUUUUCUCUUCAAUCUACACACAACAGCACACAAUGACAAAGCAAAAACAGGAUUUUAGAAAUGUUUACACAUUUAUUACAAAUUAACAACUGAAAUAUCCAAAGUUUGGGCUCACUUAGUAAUUUCCUUGUUUUCAAUGAAAACAUACAUGAAAUGAGUUGUAAAAUGAAUAGGAAAUAUAGUCAAGAUGUUGACACGGUUAUAAAUAAUGAUUUUAAUUGUGUCCUUCAAACUUUGCUUUCAUCAAAGAAUCCUCCUUUUGCAGCAAUUACAGUCUUGCAGACCUUUGGCAUUCUAAUUGUGAAUUUGUUGAGGUAAUCUGAGGAUAUUUCACCUCAUGCUUCCUGAUGCACCUCCCACAAGUUGUAUUGGUUUGAUGGGCACUUCUUACGUACCAUAAGGUCACGCUGCUCCCUACCUCUUGAAACUAGGGGGCACUAUUUUUAUUUUUGGAAAGAUAAUGUUCCCAAAGUAAACCGCCUAUUUCUCAGGACCAGAUGCUAGAAUAUGCAUAUAAUUGACAGCUUAGGACAGAAAACACUCUAAAGUUUCCAAAACUGUCCAAAUAUUGUCUGUGAGUAUAACAGAACUGAUAUUGCAGGCGAAAGCCUAAGAAAAAGCCAAUCAGGAAGUGACUCAUGUUUUGAAACCGUUGUGUUCCUAUGUUCCCCUAUUGGCCACUGAAAGGGAUAUCAACCAGUUUCCUUUUUCUACAUAUUCCCUAAGGUGUCUACAGCAUUGUGACAUAGUUUCACGCCUUUAUGUUGACGAAUGAGUGUAAACGACUACAUUGCGUAAGUGGCCAGCUGAGGGCUCUCAGAGUGAUUCUUGCGUAAAAGACAGAGGUAGUCAUUUUUCCUCUCGCUCCUACUGAAAAGCCAAUUGUCCCGGUUGAUAUAUGGAAUAGAUAUUUGAAAAACACCUUGAGGAUUGCCAUGUUUCUGUCGAUAUUAUUUGAAUUUUUUCCGGUGUUGUUGUGACCGCUGUUUCCAGUGGAUUUCUCAACAUAACGUGACAAACAAACGGAGGAAUUUGGGGUAUAAUAAUCUGUAAAGCAUAAUUUCAAAAUCUGAGAUGACAGGGUGAUUAACAAAAGGCUAAGCUGUGUUUCACUAUAUUUCACUUGUGAUUUCAUGAAUAUGAAUAUUUUCUAGUAAUAUUUUUUUGACCCUGCGCUAUGCUAAUUAGUGUAGUUGAUGACAAUUCUCCCGGAUCCGGGAUGGGUAGUUCCAAGAGUUAACAUCUCAAUAUGGUUGUGAUCCGGUGACUGUGCUUGCCACUCCAUUAUAGACAGAAUACCAGAAUAUAAUAUCCAUUAUAGACAGAAUACUGACUGCCUAUCCCCUAAAUAGCUCUUGCAUGGUUUGGAGCUGUGCUUUGGGUUAUUGUCCUGUUGUAGGAGGAAAUUGGCUCCAAUUAAGCGCGGUCCACAGGGUAUGGCAUGGCAUUGCCAAAUGGAGUGAUAGCCUUCCUUCUUCAAGAUCCCUUUUACGCUGUACAAAUCACUUUACCACCACCAAAGCACCAGCAGACCAUCACAUUGCCUCCACCAUUCUUGACAGAUGGCGUCAAGCAGUCCUCCAGCAUCUUUUCAUUUUUUCUGCAUCUCACGCAUGUUCUUUGUGAUCCAAACUUAGAUUUGUCUGUCUAUAACACUUUUUUCCAAUCUUCCUCUGUCCACUGUCUGUGUUAUUUUGCCCAUCUUAAUCUUUUCUUUUUAUUGGCCAGUCUGAGAGAUUGCUUUUUCUUUGCAACUUUGCCUAGAAGGCCAGCAUCCCGAAGUCGCGUCUUUAUUGUUGACGUUGAGACUGGUGUUUUUCGGGUAAUAUUUAAUAAAUCUGCCAGUUGAGGACUUGUGAGGUGUCUGUUUCUCAAACUAGACACUCUAAUAUACUUGUCCUCUUGCUCAGUUGUGCACUGGGGCCUCCCACUCUUUCUAUUCUGGUUAGAGACAGUUUUCACUGUUACUCUGAAGGGAGUAGUACACAGUGUUGUACGAGAUCUUCAGUUUCUUGGAAAUGUAGCCUUCAUUUCUCAGAACAAGAACAGACUGACGAGUUUCAGAAGAAAGUUCUUUGUUUCUGGCCAUUUUGAGCCUAUGAUCGAACCCACAAAUGCUGAUGUUCCAGAUACUCAACUAGUCUAAAGAAGGCCAGUUUUAGUACUUCUUUAAUCAGGACAACAGUUUUCAGCUGUGCUAACAUAAUUGCAAAAGGGUGUUCUAAUGAUCAAUUAUCCUUUUAAAAUUAUAAACUUGGAUUAGCUAACACAAUAUGCAAUUGGAACACAGGAGUGAUGUUUGCUGAUCAUGGGCCUUUGUACAAGCUAUGUAGAUAUUUCGUACAAAAUCAGCCAUUUCCAGCUACAAUAGUCAUUUACAACAUUAACAAUUUCUACACUGUAUUUCUGAUCAAUUUUAUGUUAUUUUAAUGGACAGCAAAUGUGCUUUUCUUUCAAAAACAAGAAAAUUUCUCAGUGACCCCAAACUUUUAUAUGGUAGUGUAAGUAUUCAGAACCUUUACUCAGUACUUUGUUGAAGCAUCUUUGGCAGUGAUUACAGCCUCGAGUCUUCCUGGGUAUGACACUACAAGCUUGACACACCUGUAUUUGGAGAGUAUCUCCCAUUCUUCCCCACAGAUCCUCUGAAGAUCCUCCCAUUCUCCUCAUCCAACCUCUGUCAGGUUGGAUGGGGAGUGUCGCUGCACAGCUAUUUUCAGGUCUCUCCAGAGAUGUUCGAUCGGGUUCAAGUCCGGGCUCUGGCUGGGCCACUCAAGGACAUUCAGAGACAUGUCCCGAAGCCACACUUGCGUUGUCUUGGCUGUGUGCUUUGGGUCGUUGUCCUGUUGGAAGGUGAACCUUCACCCCAGUCUGAUGUCCUGAACACUCUGGAGCAGGUUUUCAUCAACAAUCUCUCUGUACUUUUCUCUGUUUAUCUUUGCCUCGAUCCUGACUAGUCUCCCAGUCCCUGUCGCUGAAAAACAUCCCCACAGAUGCUGCCACCACCAUGCUUCACCGUAGGGAUGGUACCAGGUUUCCUCCAGAGGUGAUACUUGGCAUUCAGGCCAAAUAGUUCAAUCUUCGUUUCAUCAGACCAGAGAAUCUUGUUUCUCAUGGUCUGAGAGUCCUUUGGGUGCCAUUUGGCAAACUCCAAGUGGGCUGUCAUGUUCCUUUUACUGAGGAGUGACUUCAGUCUGGCCAUUCCACCAUAAAGUCCUGAUUGGUGGAGUGCUGCAGAGAUGGUUGUCCUUCUGCAAGGUUCUCCCAUCUCCACAGAGUGACCUGUCUCAUAGCUCUACAGACAAUUUCUUCGACCUCAUGUUUGUUCUGAUAAUUCACUGUCAACUGUGGGACCUUAUAUAGGCAGGUGUGUGCCUUUCCAAAUCAUGUCCAAGCAAAUGAAUUUACCACAGGUGGUCUCCAAGUUGUAGAAACAUCUCAAGGAUGAUCAAUGUUAACAGGAUGCACCUGAGCUCAAUUUUGAGUCUCCUAGCAAAGGGUCUGCAAUAUUUAGGUAAAUAAGUAAAAAAAUCUAAAAACCUGUUUUCGCUUUGUCAUUAUGUGGUAUUGUUUAUAGAUUGAUGGAAAAUGUUUAUUAGAUUAAUUUUAGAAUAUGUAACAAAAUGUGGAAAAAGUCAAGGGGUCUGAAUAAUUUCCGAAUGCACUGUACACAAGCACGGAAGGGUGUGUGUUGUUAACCCUUGUAUGUUAGUAGAUGUUUGAAAAAACAUAUGUAUUCAUUCACUAAAGCAGAGGAAGGAAUUUAAGUGUUCACUACAUCCCCUUUUCUAUUGGGUGUUUUAUCUUUUUGUUUAUAUUUUUUAGGAAGAUCUGUAAGUAAUUGCCAUGUGAACACGAUGCAGGUGCUGCAGCUUCACACGUCAGCCAAAGAUACAUUAAUUGUCUGAAUGUUUGUGUGUGUGUGUGUGUGUGUGGGGAUUUAUAAAUGGGUGGGGAAUGCGGGACAUUGAGGUUAAAGGCAUUUGGAAAUGUACAUAAUUAUUUUUUAAAUUGAAUCAAAUUGUAUUUUUAGCCUGUUUCUGCGAUGGCAUGUAGUUGUUUUCUAUUUAGUUGUUUUGUGUGUGUGUGUGUAUAUAUGUGUAUAUGCAACUAAUUUGCAUAUACAUCAAUUAUUUACACACUAUGUAUGUAAAUUAAUGUAAUAUUCGUGCAUAUUAUGUUGAUUUAUAUAUGCGGAUGGGAAUUGACAUCCAGGACAAUUUAUUCUUUACAAGUCAGUGCAAAGACGCUGGAUAUUUGUUGACGUUUUCCAUUUUGACAUCUGAGAGUAUUUCUUAAAGCAGGAUUAACGAGUUGGCUAAACCUUACUAAAUAAAAUAGUCUGAAACAGCCACUUACUGGACUUCCUGCUUGAUCUGUAAUGAGUAGUAUUUUGAUUUCAAUAACUAUUUUUACAUUAAUUUAUGAAUCUUAAAGUAUAAACAUGAAUAUUGAGUAGGAUAACCUUGAAACGGGCAUGAUAAACAUGUUUAAAUAAUGAGCUAGUUGGAUAAUGUAAUGAUCCUGCAUUUUGAAAUACAAACCAGCUUGUGCCAAACUGACAAUGAUAGUGGUGAAGAAAUGCAUUUUCCCUAGUGAUGAAUUCUUUCUAGAGUGAUCCACAAUGACCCCUUGCCUUGCUGAAGGCAUUAUUGCCAUGUAGGCUACUGAAAGAUACUGUUAUGUUCUCUAAUCAGGGCAGAUGUGAGCAGGACACUGGCAAGCUCCUGUGUAGAGGUAUUCACAGGUCCAAAAAGGUGGACCUGGACCCGAGGGCAAUCAGAACCGACCAGAAUGGAUAAUUAAAAAUACAUGGGGACCCGGAUACGAGAACAAUCAGACUGAACCCGAAUGGACCAGAGGACAACUCAACCUAGACCCGACCGGAGUACCACUGAAGUACCCCAUCAUGUGCAUUUUACCAGUAAGCGUAUGGUCUCGUGAGUCUUUUCAACUACCCCCUGUGGCUAGGCCAAGUACCCCCAGGAGUCCUUGUACCCCUGGUUGGGAACCACUGCUAUAGGCUAUGCAGAGCAGUGGUCGGAUCUAUCAGCUGUAGUUACAUAGAGCCGAUAACAAUUAAACAGGACCAGAGGGACAAGUUAGAAUUUCAGACCCGAACCCAAUGGGGCCCGGGGCUCUGGUAUAUUGGGUCCACACAGACCUGUGACGACCUCUACUCCUGUGCCGUUUAAGAGUUAGACAUAAAGCCAAGAUAAUACACUGUCAUUUUCAAUGGUUUUCUGCUAUUCUCAUAAACUGAAAUAAAAAGGGUCUAUCCACGUUCUAUAGGUGUACUGUAUUAUGGGUUUGUUAGU